UUCCAGCAAUCACUUUACCGAACGAUUCGGGAUGAAGUAGUAUCACAAGCAUUUGAUGUCAAACAGUUCAGUGAUUUCUAUUAUCCGCUGCUGAAAGUGAAGGACUUCGUCGCACGCGCUUCUGAAUCAGCAUUAAGCCUCAUCAACAUACAGACUAAGCAACGUGGUUAUGCAUUUGCGCAGGACGAAGGCACAGCUAUCGCGCAAAGUGACAUGGUACGCAUGUAUGACUCGCGAGUGCCAAAAACACCGGGAAGUCCGAUGAGAAUAGUCACGCUGCGGUCCUCAAGUAGCUCGAAAAGCAGCUCAGCGAGAUUCCUACUUAGUGAAGUACGUUCUUCGUUGGCCUAUUAA